CGAAAUAUACAUUACCUAAAUAUGCAAUCUGAGUUUAGUAUACGCACCGCCUGCAGGCUCGAUGUGGAGCUUAUCGAGCAUCUUUUUGCAACGAACGGCGCCCAGCACUUUGGCAUCAAGCGUGAGCCACCACUAACGCAACUGUUCCAGGAGUACCAGACUCAUCGCAUGGUCGUGCACAAGGAGCAAGAGCCCAAAAGGCUCUAUGCCUAUUGCGAGUUCUGUGUAUACCCCAACAUACCAGUGCUAUCAAAUGAUUCCUGGCUGAGUUGGCUGCAUUGCCGCUUCUGCAUCGAGUUGCCUCUUACGCUGAUGAACACCAUAUUCUUCAACUUUUGCAUUUACCAAACGGAUCAUCCUGACAUCUUGCGACAAGUUAUGCUGGAGACCUUCUAUCGGGAAUUCAAAGUUAAGUACAUGCUCAUUGUUAGACCUCCAAAGUACGAUGCCAAGGACUACGAGCUAAUCGAACAGACUGGCAAGGUGUACUAUCCGCAAGCCUACAAUAUAUUCAGCAACAGGCAUUUGCCAACCAUCAUUGUGGUGCAGCGCGAUGCAUUCGUGCCAUCGAUUCUAUUUCGGAAGGCGCUGCCCGAGGACAACGACGAUGUGAUUGAUAUAAUAGACAAUGAGGAGCCUGAGAUGCGUGUGCAGCACGGCGACUACUUCAUUGCGGAGCUUUUGCUGGGCGUGGCGGGUAAUAUAGACAAAGAGAAGAUUGUUGUAACCGAGGAAACAUCAUCCACCACGGGCGGCACUACGGGCAUGAUGUGGCUAUCGGAGGACGUCAACAUAGAGCUGCUGGUUAAGAAUUAUGAUCUCGAGCUGAUGGGUAACUUGGUAUCUUGUACGCCUGGCGCCGAUCAUGCGACAGUGCGAAUUCAUGUCAUGUGCACCAAGGAGCAGCGUCACUUUUAUAGACUGCACAGCGAUGCGAUAUGCAUAGUGCGUCUGAGCUGCAAGUCAUUGGGAGCGUUGACCAAGCGCGAGCGGCUCUACUCCCAAUUCAAAUAUAUAACGGAUGAGAUGAAUAACACAAGUCAUUACCUGGAUCAGGUGUCCAAGACCAUGGAAGUCAAGUUCGAUGUGCCACACAGAGGCACCCUUGGGGGAAGUGGCGGUGGCAGUGCAAGGAGCAGCAGACGCAGGCACACCAUCAACAAUGCUGGCAAGGCUUUCCUACUCAAGAACUUUAUACUGAGUCCGAGUUUGAGACUGGAGUAUGUUUACUUCUAUUUGUGUGCCAUGUUCAGCGCCUAUCCCGAGCACGACUACUGCGUGGUGCCCAUGCCGGCGGGUACCAAGUACUCGAGCAGUGUGCUGGCAUUGCUGAAGUUCUUCAACCGUGUUCCGCGACGUCCAAGUUGUGCCUUAACCGAAGAAGUCUUCGUGGCACAUCGCAGCUCGCUUUAUACGGAGCUUAAUUUGUACCCGCUGGAAAUGGAUGAUGUGCACUAUGUUAAGGAGUUUCUCCAUAUGGCUGAGGAGCCAAAGGAGGAAGAGGAAGAGGCACCGUCGAAUGUAAAGGACAAGCAGAUUUAUAGAAUUGUAAAUGAAAUUAUAGCUGAUGUGAUGAACAAUCAACGUUCCGAGUUUAGUUUCUGGAUUAUAAGAUGCGGCAAAAGCGCUGGAGAGCGCGAGAAAACCACAACUGUGGGCUUCAUAGUGCUGCGUCCCUUCACCAAUUAUGCCACAGUCUAUAAACAGUUUAUGCUGCCCUUUGACGAAAACUAUCUCACCUUUGAGCGUGGCGAAAUCGUUCUGCUCUGUCUGCAUCCGUAUUUCCAAAUGUGGUCCGAUGAGCUGCUGCGCACAGCAGCCAUACGCGCCGGAUAUCGGGAGCUCUACUAUAUGCAGCUAUCUGCGGGCUUGACGCUGCCCAACGAUCUUGUCGGCAAAAUGAUGCCCGUGGAGCCGCGACGCUACAAGCGCAACUGGUUUGUUGAUAUGAACAGCGAGAGCUUCUUCCGACGUGCCUCCACUGGGGUGAAUCUGCCGAGAAUCAACUGUGUGAAGGAUUACUUUUAUCUAUAUUGUCACAACCUGUGCCCCAGCAAGUAUAUUGGGAACCCAACAUCGCUGGUAAUCCUUGGCUGCUCGAACAUCUGCAAAGCUUUCUUACGUCUCAUGCUCUUCGGCUGGAACACACCUGACUUCAAGAACACUAGCGUAAACAAUUGCCUGCCCUCGGUAUCCAUUACUGUGAUUGUAGAGCCUGGUCGCAUGGAAGCCGAGUACGAUCAAGAUUUCCACUGUGCCUACUGCUCCGAUGUGCGCACUUGCUUCGUCAGAAGUGCCACCUGUGCACCCUUUGUCUAUGACACUACACGUCGCAUGGAUUUGCGCAAUUGGAUACAUUUUGUGCCCGGCCGGCUUAAGCACAUCGACUGUGCUAAGAAGAUAGUUGUGCUGAAGAGCAACUGCAAAAUUCACUACGAGAAGCUGCUGUUGUUUUGCGAGACGAGCUAUGGACUGCCAGAGAGCUGCAUUGAGAGCAAGCCCGCACGCUUCAAGCUGCCCUACAACUACGUGGAACUCAACAAUCGCCUGGACAGAACUAUGCUGUACCAGAAGCUACACAAGCUGAACCAAAGCGACUUGUCCGAGAAGCGGGUGCUUAUCUAUGGCGACAAGCUGGCCGUCUACGAGUGCAUAGAUUUUCUUCUAAAGCAUGGUCUUCAGGGCUCGCAGAUCAUUUAUAUUCAACCACAUAGGGUGGCCAAGCCGGAAACGUUAAAUAAUCCAACGGAGGAUUCAAAUCUCGAUCGCAUAUUGCUCAACAUGCUCAAAGAUUUGGGCAUUUCAACUCAUGUGUCUAUGAAUUUUGUGGACUUCACCGUGCAUCAGACAGCGAAUUUUAUAGAUUUAGUACACUUUAAAAAAUUUAACAGCGCGCAACUGCAAGCCUAUCGGUGCGACCUAUUUAUCAAUUUUGGUGAGAGGUUGCUCAACUAUGCAGAGGAGCGGGUCUUUGAAUCCAGUGGCAUUUUAUUGGACAAGGGCAAAAUAUUGGUCAACGACAGUUAUUGUACAAACGAUCCAAACAUUUAUGCGGCGGGCAAACAUGUCAACAUGUUCGACAAUUGCAGCUAUCAGUAUAUCUACACCAGCGAAUAUGAGACUGCUGAAAAGCUUAUUUACAUACUACACCUCAGCACAGAGCAGAUAAAGUUUGAGCAAAAGUACAAGCGGCCAUGCCUUUACCAGGCCAUGCUCCCUAUGGGUUAUAUGAUAACAAAAAUAACCACACCCAAGCGUUACUUAAUGAAUAGGCUGCCCAAUGAGUACUCGCGCUCAAUGACGACCUACCAUGAGGGAGAUUUUUGCCGUAUACGUUUGAGUAGUACGCUUAAUGUGCAGGAGAUUGUCUGCGUGACACGCAAGCUGGAUAGACAACUCUAUUUUCUGGAGUUCUUUUGCGGCAAACAUGACAGCCUAUUGAAUAACUUAAGCAGUCGUUGGAACAUGGGCAGAAUUAAGUGCUUCGUGCACUUUUUCCAGUUACCCUGGACGGAGUAUAUAAUGCAUGAUCGUUUCCAUGAAUUGCAGACUAAAAAUCACGCUUCGCUAGUGUCUCUUUUGAUAGAGACGCAAAAUUUAAGUGGACGCAUAUCAGACUUGGACGCUCGGGUCAAUAAAGCCUGCCGGGAGGCGUUGCAUGCAAAUCUUUUGAAGUUUCUGCGUACACAUCGCAAGGAGUUUGUCAAUGAGUUCGCUCUGCCCGAGGACUUUAGCUAAAAAUUACAAUAUAAAUAAUUUUAUAUUUUGCAUAUAAGCUCAACAUUUUGUUUUUGUUAGUAUCUUGUACUUAGAACUAAAAGAACAGAAAGCUAUUAACGUAGCGACCUUCACUGCAAU